AUGGUUUCCAUCCUCAGAACGGCCAUGCAGUCUGUAGGGCUUUCGUUCUCAUUGCUGGGAUGGGCUCUGGCCAUUAUUACAACCUAUCUGCCACACUGGAAGACCCUCAACCUGGAGCUGAACGAGAUGGAGAACUGGACCAUGGGGCUCUGGAAAUCCUGCGUCAUCCAGGAGGAAGUGGGGAGGCAAUGCAAGGCCUUUGACUCCUUCCUGGCUUUGCCAGGUGAACUCCAGAGCUCCAGGAUCUUGAUGUCUCUGUCGAAUGGGCUGGGGCUGCUGGGGCUGCUGGCCUCUGGCUGUGGCCUGGACUGCUCGAGGCUUGGAGAGGCACGCAAGGGUCUGAAGAGGCGACUGCUCAUCCUGGGAGGGCUCCUGCUCUGGACUUCGGGUGUGAUGGUCCUGGUUCCUGUGUCCUGGGUGGCCCACAUGACGGUUCAGGAGUUCUGGGAUGAGACCAUGCCUGAGAUCGUGCCCAGGUGGGAGUUUGGGGAGGCCCUUUUCCUGGGCUGGUUUGCUGGCUUCUGCCUUGUGCUAGGAGGGUGUCUGCUGCACUGUGUAGCCUGCUCAAGCCCAGCUCCUCCAGCCUCAGGCCGCUACGCAGUGGCAGGGUUUCGAGACCACGGCUCAUACCUGGAGAACGGAACUGCACGGCCUGAAGUGUAA